AUGAUCAAUUACCAAACUAUAUUCUACUAUGAUAAUGUGAAAUCUCAGUAUACGAAUCAAAAUACCAAGGCUCCAUAUUAUGUUUAUGGUGGUUCUGGCUACAAUAAUCCAAAUUUUUAUUCGCCAUAUAACAAUCCUUCAGCCAAUUUAGCCAAUAAUUUACCGUAUUACUACGGGAGCGGUCGAUCUAAUGGACAAUAUAAUCAGGGUAACUAUCCCUAUUAUCCACACUACAAUACCAGUCCAACUUUGAACAACAUAAUCACUCGUUACUAUCCAGCGAACAAUCCUUCUACGAAUCAAAAUGUUCAAACAUCACAGCAACAAGGUUUGGCGUCGAUGGAUUCUACAACAUAUACGACGAUGUCUCCAAAUUCUGUGAUAGGUUUAUCAAGUGGCACUAAUCAACCGUGGAUAAAUAACGAAUAUCAACAGCCUUCAUUCUACGAUUCUCAAAAUGAUCAGGAAUUGAACUGUGAAAUGGAUUUGCAAAAAAAGGUUAGUCUAUGCGGUCAGGAAUUAAUUUCGUAUAAUAUGGUCUACGAAACACCAAACAUUGAGCAGUUCGUACCGAUUCCAUUCAAAUUCCAAUCUCGCGACAGUUUGGCAUUGCUCUGCAGCUCACAUUUACGUUUCCGUCAAUGCGUCGCUGGUGACACCGGUAUUGGCGCUGAUUUUACUCGAAAUCCAUGUUUCUUGUACGGGAAAAUUAGUGGUCCAUUCGCCGUGGCGGAUACUUUAUUGAAUUAUACUUGCGGGCGAGGAUACGAUACAACGUACAUUAACUGGGACUGCUACCAGUCAGUGAAAUCCAACCCUCAGUUGAUGCAAUGCCAAGCGGCAACUCAGUUCGUCAGUAAUGCUGCAGCGAAUGGCUUUGCUGCAAGUCAAACUGCUAUUUGCAGUUCAAUUCAAAGAUAUUUUGAUUGUAUAAAAGCACCGAUAAGGAGUUUUUGCGGUAAUCAAGCAUUUGAAAAUGUUGCUCAAGGAAUUGGGCAAGCGGUGCUCAUUCGAAAUCCACAAUGCUCUCUUCUUAUAUCUCAAGCUGUUAUGCCGAAUUCGCCAAUAUUUUUGUUAUCAUUCGCUACUUUUCUUACAAUGAUAAUAUUUAAAUGA